AGUUAAACGAUCAGUAGUUUGCGAAAGGUCUAAGAGGUUAGACCUUUGCAACGGAUUUUUUUCGUGUUCCACGGAAACGAAACAAGUUUUCAAAAUAACUGAAAAAAAAGAAACAAAACGAAAACAUAAAAAUCAAAAUAACAUAACCGAAUAAGGCGCGGAGGAAGUGAAGUUAAAAAAAAUAUAAACAAAUUUCUACGCACUUGUUGUCUUCGAACAAAAACAGAAAAACUAAAAGAAAAAAAACAACAAAAUGGCCCAUGACCACGAUCACGACCAUCCCGAAACAUCUUCAGACCAACAUGAUUUGCUGGUGGCCAAAUGCCUGGCCAUGGUCAGCUUGUUUUGUGCAACAAUACUCUUCGGCUGCAUUCCGUUCAUUUUGAACUACUGGUUGAAAUGGACCGAAAAGAAACCCGAUUCCCGUUCGGCCAAGGUUGUGCAGUAUCUGUUGUAUUUUGGUGGCGGUGUGCUGCUGGCCACAACAUUCAUCCAUCUGCUGCCAGAAGUGCAGGAGGUGGUGGAACAUUUGCAGAACUGUGGCCAAAUGGGUGAAACAAAUUUUGCCGUUGCCGAGGUUCUGAUGUGCGCAGGCUUCUUUCUGAUGUAUCUGAUCGAGGAAUGUGUCCACAAGUAUUUGCAUCGCCACAAGACUGUACACAAGCCGCCCAAUGCCGAGGAGGAUGAUUGUGUGGUGGCAGCCUUUGAGAGGGGUCACAGUGUACGCAACAGCGUCUUGGUAAAGGGAGGCCGCAAGAAAUCUCAUGACUAUGUGGCCGAAGACAAUGUGGCGGGAACCAUUAAGAGUGUUGACGUUGUGGUUGCCAAUGGCAGCACAAGCUAUGAGAAUCCCAGCUAUCUCCAAUCGACCCUGACAGUGAAUCAUCUAAUCGGCGAAUCGGGUUGUGAGAAACACAGCGACCUGCAAUUGCAGCCGAAACAAUCACCCUGCCCCACACCCAAACAUCAUCAUGACAAUCAGGCUGCCGAUCAUCAGCAUCACGAUCACGGCGGCCAUGGUCAUUCCCAUUUACCCAUACAAUCCGGAAAUGGUGAUGAAAAUGUUGUCAGCUCAUCUCUCCGGGGUUUGGGUAUUGUUUUGGCUCUGUCGUUGCACGAAGUUUUCGAAGGCUUGGCCAUUGGCCUCGAGGACAGCACGUCGUCGGUGUGGUUCCUGUUUGCCGCUGUCUCGGCUCACAAAUUGGUCUUGGCUUUUUGUGUGGGCGUUGAACUGAUUGUGGCCCGAACCAGACCAAUUCUGGCAGCUGUCUAUACCAUAACCUUUGCCAUUGUCAGUCCAAUUGGUGUGGCAAUUGGUCUGGCCGUUAGCCAUGAUUCUUCGUCGUCAGAGGACAGCAUACCUUCGGCUGUGCUGCAGGGUAUUGCGUGCGGUACCCUGUUGUAUGUGGUCUUCUUUGAGAUUCUUUCCAAAAAUCAUGCCGGCCUUGGUGCAUUUCUGGCCAUGCUGAUAGGAUUUGGCCUAAUGUUUGGUUUACAAAAUAUAGGCGAAGGUCACGAUCAUGACCAUGAUGGCUGUCCUGCCGCAAGUUUAGAGACAACAACUACAACCCUAUUGGACUUGACAACAAAAUUCUCAGCAUAGAAAUAUGUUGCCAGAGAUUGGCUAAUUUAGCUACGAUUAUUUAGUGUGUAUUUAUAUAUAUAACAUGAGUAACAUGUGAUAUUUUAUUAUUA